GUAUUUCGGAAAAAAAAAAAAAAGAAAAGAAAAAGAAAGAGGAAAGCUGCUUUCACUCUUUAGGAAUGUUUGGCUUCAAAGGAACUGGAAAAGUGCAGUGAAGGGAAGGGAUGAGUUUACGCUGUGGAAUUUCUCCCGUUUCCCUCAAACCAAUUCCCAGAGCUACCACUCAACUGGUGGCCAAGAUCUUCUCCUCCCAAUUGCCGAACUUGGUGAGGUUUUCGGGGCUGUUCCUGUUCAUGCCUGCUCUUGUGGAUACCUUGGAGGCUUUUUUCUUUAAAAGCUGCUGGUUCGGAAAUUCUCUGCAGGAAUUAAACUCUUCACAUUCUAAAGAGGUUAGUCGCGAUCUCUCUGCAUUCGGAUGAAAAUUUUCCAUGGAUCCUUCCUCAGUCUUUUGUUUGAUUUAAUUUUACUCUGCUUUUUUUUUUUUUUUUAAAUUUGAUUUAUGCAUGUUUAUAGAACCAAAUAAAUAUAUUAUUAUCUGAAUAAUUCUGGAAUUUUAUUGAAAGUGGUCAUAAUAAAAACAGGAAAGAGUAGAAUAAUUAAAUACAAAUCUUAAUGAGGUUUCCUUCCUGGGAACCUUGUCCUUGAAAUUUUUUCUUUGCAAUUAAUUUUUGUUCUUCAAUUUUCUUCUUCCCUUGACCCUAAGAUUUUCCGAGUUGAGGCCAAGAUCACAUCCAUAAUAAAUUUUACAAAACCAGGCACCUGUAAGCAAUGAACAAAUAUAACAUUCCAAAUCUGCAGUUUCAAGAUUCCUCUCAACUUAUUAAGCAUCCAAGAUCAAAUAUAUGACGACUUUUAUUGGACGACUUGUAAUGCUACUAUACCUGAAUGAUUUGUUGACGGAGUUUUUGAUUCUCGGUUUCCAACUUGGAGAGCAUCUCUUCAAGGCUGUGACCUCAGAUAAAGAAAAAAAAAUCAC